AUGUCAAUAAUAGAAACCAACUCGAUACUCACAGAGCAUUUCGAUUACCCUCCCAUAUCAAUAAUUGAUGACAUUAUCAAUGCUGUUAACGACAUAAUGUAUAAAUGUACUGCAGCGGUGGACAAAUACCUAAACACCCAUUUUGAAGCUUACAAAGAUGAGAUCGAGAUGGGAACGGGGAAGUUAGAAACGCUUCUGGAAAGCUACAUUGACAAGAAUUUUGAUAUUUUUGAGCUUUAUACAGUGAGAAAUAUACUGAAUAUACCCGAUGAUCUGUUGAAGGAACAUUGGAUAAAGUUAUCGCAUCAUGAAGGACUGAACAACACUGUUUUAAAAAAGAUAGGAGAAGAGACUGAAGCUUUGGAUAAGGAGAUUUUUCAGUUGAAAAGACAAAUAGCAAUACAAUUGAAAAUUCAAAAGUUUUUAAAGGAUCAAAUUAGUGCACUUCGACGCAAUUUGAAGAUUUUAACCAGUUACAGAUCGUGUUUGGACUAUUUAACAACUAAUUACCAGAAUGAUGAUAAACUGUCAAAAAAAAUUGUAUCUUCUUUGAAAAAGUUGUCUCCAAUAGAAGAAACCUUGUUCUACCUUGUACAGCAAACCAACAAUUUGUACCAAUCGGUAACACAGUUAAAAUCAGCAAUCCUUCCAACAGAAACAGUUCCCAGCGAAAGAGAUAAGUUUAAUGAUACAAAGGCAGCACAUUUAUUAGACGUGUUGAACCUAAGACCUUCGACAUUGAUUGAGGAGCCGAGUGAGCAGGAGUUGGAAAGACUGAAGGAGAUAAUAGCGAGUGUCAGUGCGAGUGAUAUCGACUGGGAGUGA